CGCAGUCACUCCUCGUCGACUGCAGUUCAGCCUCCACCUGCACCGCUUCAGCAUGUCUCUCAUCCUAGGCCGCCAAGGCAGCAGCGCCCGCAGCAUUUCCUCCGCCAGCGCCAUGAGCAUCGGCGGCGGUCUGCAGCUGGUGGGCGGAAACCAGGCCCGCAUCUCCAGCGGCAUCUACCAGGGCCGCGCACCCAGCGUGUACGGGGGUGCGGGGGGCUCCGGCAUCCGCAUCUCCCAGGCCGGCUCCAUCCUCUCCUACGGCGGGGUCAACUCGUAUGGCCUCGACGCCGUGGGGGUCAGUGAGAAGACCACCAUGCAGAACCUCAACGACCGCCUGGCCACCUACCUGGAGAAAGUGCGCUCUUUGGAGGCUGCCAACAGAAAGUUGGAACUCCAGAUCAGAGAGUUCUAUGAAAAGCGGUCUCCCAUUUCCAGGGACUUCAGCGCUUACUUCGCCACCAUCAAUGAGCUGCGAAACCAGAUUGCAAGGAGGUAUGCAGAGAAUCAGAGCAUCAUCCUGCAGAUUGACAAUGCUCAACUGGCGGCGGACGACUUCAAGAUGAAAUUCGAGGUGGAGAUGAACACGCGGGCAAUGGUGGAGUCCGAUUUGGUCCGUCUUCGAGGGGUCCGGGACAGCAUGGUUGUUACCAUCAGUGACCUGAAAAUGCAAAUAGAGAAUCUCAAGGAUCAACUGGCACAACUCAAGAGGAACCACGAAGAGGAGAUGAACGCAGCAAGGCUCCAGUACAAUGGUAACGUGAACGUGGAAGUGGACAGCGCAUAUUCCGUCGAUCUUUCCAAGAUCCUUCAAGAGGUCAGGGAGCAAUAUGAAGCCCUGGCGUUGAAGAACAAGCAGGAACUGGAAAGAUGGUAUCAAGCAAAGAUGGAAUCUCUCCAGUCCGAAAUCAAAGGCUUCUCCACGGAGGUGAAGACCUUUUCUUCCCAACUAUCUGAGCUGAAGCGGACAUACCAGAGUUUAGAGAUCACGUACCAGGGCAUCCUCGCCGAGAUCGAAUGCCUCCGUCAGAACCUCGCCGAGACCAAGUUGCGGUACAGCUCUCAGCUCAGCCAGUUGCAGUUGACCAUCAAUGGCCUGGAGGUGGAGCUGCAGCAGCUCAAAGUUUCCAUUGAACAGCAGAACACCGAGUACCAGAUGCUUCUGGACAUCAAGAUGAGGCUGGAGAGAGAGAUUGCCGAGUACCGCCGUCUGCUGGAUGGAGAAUCUUACGAGCAGAAAAAGCCUUUGGUCAUCAGCAAGGUGGUGCAGUUGGAAGAGCACAAACCCCACGUGGAGAGGAGAGUGAGGACCAUCGUGGAGAAUAUUGUCGAUGGAAAGGUGGUGUCCACCAGCGUGGACACUCAGCGAGCUGAGGUGUAAAUGGUGACUCGAUGAACCAUUUUCUUCUCUUCCCACGCGAUUGGCUGCUGUCCUCUCCCCUUUGAAAACGCACCGUUGAAAAGAGCUGUGUUUACGAUUGUGUUCUCUUCUUCCCCUUCAAUACAAUUAUGCAGCACUUGAAAAACAAGCGACAGGCAACUUGCAGUAUUUGCUCUGCAAUUGGACAAUAAAUUGAAAUAAUAACACAGUCAAAUCAAAAAGAAAAUAAAAAAAGACCGCAAUGCGUAUCGUUAAUUGGGAUUUUAAAGAAAAAAAUCUUUUUUUUUUUGUCUUUUAAAGGUAUUGUUUGGAACAUACCAUAAACAAACAAACAAAAAAAAUUGUCAGAUGGGAAACUGGAAAUCUCAAUUUGUCAUGAAAACAAAGACAAUACAAAAUAAAAGUGUCUUGCUGCA